AUGAGCAACGUGCGGUAUCCCACUUACAUUCUUGCACCGAACUGGACUUUCCGACCGGAGGGAAGGAUUGCAAUCGGCAAUGUUCUCGUCGACCCUCUCCUUCCACACCGGGCUCUUCUCAAACCAGACCCCAACUGUCACUUGCCGACACAGACAGCAACAGAGAAGAACUGGCAGCUGUCUAUCGAAACCAUGCGCAAUCUCAGCCUUAGCAUUUGGGCUACCUUUCUUGAAAAGAUCAGCAUCAAGAUUGGGGCAAAUCGAACGCAUGUCAAGGACGGACAGUUCAACAUGCAGUCGUUAGAUACAGUGUCGCUGAAAGACGACCUGUCAGACGAUUAUAUCGACACACUUUGCAGCAACCCAAAGGUUAGAGAGUUUAUGCGGCUUGAUAGCCUUCUGUGCAAGCCAGUCUAUGUAGUGACUGGCCUCAAGAUUGCCAAAGGGUUCAGUUUAUCUGGGUCGGCUAAGCAUUCAGCGAGUCUCAUGGGCAAGGUAGGUGGUGAGGUAGUACCGGAGGCAUCUGUUGGUGGGAGUGCUCAUAUGUCAUCCUCGAUGUCUAUUUCCGAUCAAUUUGAGUCUGUCAAUGAUAUCAUCUUCGCCUAUCAACUUACGAUGAUUAAGCCAAAAGGAUGGACCGGGGAGAAGAUGAUUGAGACAAGCGAUUUCCGGAAACACGCUCUUCUCAGCGAUAGCAAGGACAAGGCCGAAGACAAAGUUGAGGGUGAGAGAGGUGUGCUAGAACCUACGGAUCUGAUAGAUUCGAAGAGAAGCGUCCAGCUGAUUGAGUUAAGUGGUGAUGGAGACCAGAGACUUACUGUUGUUUACAAAUUGGCUUCGAGCAUCUCAUGA